AUGGCCGACAGCGGAGGUUCGACUGGACGUGGCUCCGCCGCUGCGUCGGUUGGUGGAUCCAGAACGGCUUUGGCACGGCGAUCCAAUGCAAGGGCCGGUGGCGCUACGCAGGGCGCCAACAGCGGGCGUAAAGCUGCGGGAGGCGGAAUUCUAAAGUUCUACUCUGAUGAUGCUCCCGGCUUGAAAGUCGGACCUACGACGGUACUCGUGCUGUCCCUUGUCUUCAUGGCCAUUGUCUGCUCCCUCCACAUUCUGGGCAAGUUCCGAAGUGGAUAA